CCGAGCACCAUGCUGGUCACGGGGCUCGUUCGGGGUCUGCGAACCCUGACAUGGAACGGGCUGCUGGGCUCCAGCAGCCGCUCGCUGGCUCUGGCGCGCGUCGUGGGCGCGCCCGGCGCUGGGGACUGGCGAGCCAGUGUCCGGCCCGGGCCCCGCGGGCGUCCGCUCAGCCUGUCGGCGGCCGCGGUAGUGGACUCGGCGCCCCGCCCUCUGCAGCCCUACUUGCGCCUUAUGCGGUUAGACAAGCCCAUUGGAACCUGGCUGCUGUAUCUACCAUGUACCUGGAGCAUUAGUUUGGCAGCUGAACCAGGCUGUUUUCCAGAUUGGCAUAUGUUAUCCCUCUUUGGCAUCGGAUCUGUGCUGGUUCGUGGAGCAGGCUGUACUAUUAAUGAUUUAUGGGACCAGGACUACGAUAAAAAGGUUACAAGAACAGCAAAUCGCCCAAUAGCUGCUGGAGAUAUUUCAGUCUUUCGAUCCUUUGUUUUUCUCGGGGGCCAACUGACCUUGGCACUGGGUGUACUUCUGUGUCUGAAUUACUACAGUAUAGCUUUAGGAGCAGCAUCCCUACUUCUUAUCAUCAUCUACCCGCUAAUGAAAAGAAUUACAUACUGGCCUCAGUUAGUCUUGGGAAUGACUUUUAAUUGGGGAGCGUUACUUGGAUGGUCUGCUAUCAAGGGAUCUUGUGAUCCAUCUAUUUGUCUGCCUCUUUAUUUUUCUGGAAUUAUGUGGACUCUAAUAUAUGAUACUAUCUAUGCUCAUCAGGACAAAAGAGAUGACGCUCAGAUUGGUCUUAAGUCCACAGCCCUGCUGUUUCAAGAAAAUACCAAGCAGUGGCUCACUGGCUUCAGCGUGGCAAUGCUGGGCGCUCUCAGUCUGGUGGGAGUGAACUGUAACCAGACUGCCCCCUACUACACCGCUCUGGCUGCUGUGGGGGCCCAUCUCACUCACCAGAUUUACACUCUAGACAUCCACAGACCUGAGGAUUGUUGGAGCAAAUUUACCUCUAACCGAACAGUAGGACUAAUCAUUUUUUUAGGGAUUGUCCUCGGAAAUUUCUGGAAAGAAAAGAAGGCAGAUGAAACAAAAAAAAAUGUAAAUAGAGUUGAAAAUUAACAAGUGAUGUUUAUCUGGAAACUUUUAAAACAAAUUUUUACAAAGCACUCUCAGAUCUUGUUGCCACAUAAUUAGGAUUGAAUAAGUAAUCUUACAGUCUCUUAAAAAGAAGAAUCAGAUGAUAAAGACUGAAAGCAUAUUUGCUUAGAUUUUAGUUUAAAUAUUUGCUCCUGAGACUAUUCCAGUGUCACAGAAGCCAGGAUUUUAGAGGCCCUUUAAUAUUUAAGUGAACACAUUUUUCUCAUGAUUUUCAUCUGUAGUUAUAGGAAUUGUGUGAGCUUGGGCACUUUGGGGAACAUGUCUCAGCAAAUGAAUAUCUUUGUAGGAUACUGAUUCUUUUAAGAAAAAAAUAAAAGCUGUUA